GCAAUCCGCAGCGACCGUCGGAGACGUAUCGCAGGAUGAAAUCCACGUGAUAGCUGAGUGCGUUGUCCCAGUGGGUUCUCAUGUUCUCAAGUUUUAAUCGUUGUCGUCGUUGUUGUUGUUGUUGCCGUGGACCUUGUUGUUGUGGGUGGUGUUGUGUUUGUUGAGUGCAGCGGACAGGCUCCGUUCAGUAAAAGAGGAAUAUGGCCUGUGCCUCUCCACGCAGAUCGCCUGCGACUCCGCGCCGCAGAGCCAAGGGACCGCUUCUCGCAUCCGAAACGCUGCCGACAUUGGCGAAUAUCGAUUCCAUCAUCGAGAAACUUCUGUCCGUUCGGAAAACUCCCGGCAAAAUGGUCUCUUUGGCCGAACAACAGAUCCGUCAAUUGUGCCAGGUGUCCCGAGAAAUAUUUCUGUCGCAGCCGACCCUCCUCGAGCUCAACUCACCCGUCAAUAUAGUCGGAGAUAUUCACGGUCAGUACAGCGACCUGCUGCGUCACUUCGACAAGUGCGGAUAUCCUCCAUCGAGUAACUACCUCUUCUUGGGAGAUUACGUUGACAGAGGGAAACAAUCAAUCGAAACAAUCAGCUUGGUCCUCGCGUACAAAAUCAAGUUCCCGAACAAUCUAUUCCUGCUCCGAGGGAACCACGAGUGCGCCAGCAUCAACAAGGUUUACGGGUUCUACGAGGAGUGCAAGCGACGGUAUAGCAUCAAAUUAUGGAAAGUUUUCAUCGACUGUUUCAACUGUUUACCGGUCGCUGCUCUGGUAGAAAACACCAUCAUCUGCAUGCACGGAGGACUGUCACCAGAACUCGAGAACCUGAACCAAUUACGGGAUAUACCUCGACCAAUAGACAUUCCUAACCAUGGGCUGCUAUGCGACAUUCUCUGGUCGGAUCCGGACGACGACGUGAUCGGCUGGGGUCAGAACGAUCGCGGAGUGUCGUUUACGUUCGGAGGCGAGGUCGUUCGCACUUUCCUGGAGAAACACAAUUGCAGUCUCAUCGUAAGAGCUCAUCAAGUUGUCGAGGACGGAUACCAGUUCUUCCAAAAACGACAGCUGGUGACGAUAUUUUCCGCGCCCAACUACUGCGGGGAGUUCGAUAAUGCCGGAGCCGUCCUCUGCGUGUCAGAAGAUCUCACUUGCUGGUUCAGCAUUCUCCCGCCCCUCAAACCGAAAGUGGUUCACGUGAAAGGUCGCAGAUGA